GGAAAGUUUAGAUCGUAUUUUGUAUCGAAUUGAAUCAGAAUUUGAGUUCAGAUUCGGUAUCGAACUACGUUUUUGUUGACUUGACUUCGAAUAAAGGAUUAAGCUCUCAAUUAGAUAAGCUUGAAUUACGAUCAGCAAUUAUAAUGGAAAAACAAGCCGGAAACUAUAGCUCAGAUAAUGUUGCAUAUAAAUCGGAUGAAGGGGGUUUCGCGAAUCCACAGGGCAACCCACAGCAGGGCCACGCACAACAGGGUUACUCUCAACAGGGUCACCCUCAACAAGGCUACCCUCAACAAGGUUAUCCUCAACAAGGCUACCCAAUGCAACAUCAACAACUAUACCCACAAGGGACCAACAUCGUUGUAACCCAACCGGCAACGACUACUUUAGUCAACAGACCAAAUGAUUACUUCGUGUUUUCGCUUUUAACAUGUUUGUUUUGUUUUUGGCCGACUGGAAUUGCCGCCCUGGUCUUCUCGAGCAACUCCCGAGAAGCCAGUGAUAGAAUGGAUUAUAACGCAGCAGAGAGUCAUGGUCGAACUGCCAGGACAUUUUCUAUCGUUAGCUUGAUUAUUGGAUUAGUUUGGAUCGUUUCUGUUAUUAUCUGGGCUAUAGUCAUAUCUGUACGAGUCACCACCACUUAUAUACAUUAUGGUUAAAGGGGCAGUAUGCAAUAUUUUCAUAAUCAAAACGUCGUAAAGUAUACCUGAAAUAUGCUUAUAACAUAUGUAUGUAUCUACUUGAACAAACUGAAUUUGUUUUAUAAUGGUUAGUUCAAAAUAGAGCCUAUUGAUUGUUGAUAAAGCAGUUUGUCCAAGUUUUGGUGUUUGGCUUUAUAAUGUCUGGAUAUUAUUAGUUG